AUGAUACACUAUACCGACAGCGUCCUUUUUGCUGUUUCAAAGCAGUCUGAAGUGCGAAGUGCAGUUCACUUUGGUCUGAGCGCUGUGCGAUUGGAGUUCUCAAUAGUGAAAGGUGCAUGUGAAUGGCGACCACUGGGAUUUGUGCCACUUUCACGUCGAGCUGCUCGUCUUCCAUCCUGUCUAAUCAUCAAUGAACGUGGUUUAAUACGGGUUGUACAGAGUUCGAAUAGUCCGCUUGAAAACGUCGCUGCUGAAUUUCUCUUCCGAAUUCCUAAUUUUUCUCUCGUUUCAAUACAACAUGUGGCCAAACUUUGCUCCAUUGAUGCUCCGCAGCUUCAGCGCAGUGUAAUUCCAACCUUGCUGUCAGCACGUCGAGGAAAGGCUCUAUCGCCACUUGAUCUUUCCCGUCUACUUUCGAUGGCCAAAACUGCUGAGGUGGAAAUGGAGAACCUGGUAGAUUUGUUCGCCACCUAUCAGCAAGAGGAACAGCUGUUGCCCGAGGUUAGCUUUUCAGUAACCCCGUUUUUUGUUUUGAAUGCAUGCUACAAAAGCAAUUAA